AUGCUCCUCGAGCCCGUCGCCGCCGCGGCGCCGGCGCCGCCGCCGCGGCGCACGCCGCUCGCGCCGCACAACGAGCGCACGGCGCUGCCCCUCAUCAUCAGCAAGCCUGAAACAACAGCGAAGGAGGACGAGCGCCGCGAGUGCAAGAUUUGUCUCGAUGCGCCUCGUUCGGUGCGCUUCGUGGGCUGCGGCCACAGCUGCGUGUGUGUGGAGUGCGACGAGAUGUUACGGGGUUUGCCGCCGGACCGCCGGCGGUGCCCUUUGUGCAACGAAUUAAUUAAGGAGCCCUCGGUCGAGGUCUUGGACCCGACGAAGACGUUCCGAGCUCCGAAAGAAGCUCCUGUCAAAACGAAGGCGGAGGACGGCGCGAAGGGAGCGCCGCGACGGGCGCUCGAGGACUUGGGGCUGGAAUAUAAUGAGAGGGUGCUGAGCCGCGGCGCGACGAGGCACGCGGCGCCCUGUUUGUUACUGGUGCCGGGCGGCGGCUUCGAUGGGGUUGGGGUCUGGUCUACUCUCCAAUAUCCGCUCGAGACAUAUUGUCGGAGAGCACUGACGCGAGGCUGGGGCAUUGUGUGCGCGCCGUCGAUGACAGGUUCACAAAAGAAGGACGCCGAAGAACUAGAAAAAGCGUAUGACGCGGCGACGAGGUGCUCGGGCGACGGGCGCGUUGUGGUGGCCGCGCAUUCGCUCGGCGGUGCGGCGGUCGUCCAGCGCUGUCGAAGGGCCCAUAAAAAGCGACAAUCAAUGCCGUGUGCCUUGGCGUUGUUGGACUCGACCCAUAAAGGCGCCCUGCCGCCGCUCUGCACAAUACAUUGGUGCGCGUCGCAGAAGCCACUGGACGACCCUUCACCUAGACCCUGGUCGCGCGACAAGAGCGGCUGUAUCCGUUCCGCGGGCACGCGCGACCACAAGGCCGUACCCAAUCAGUGUGUGGACAGCGUGUUCAAGUUCCUGGACGCGUCGUGCGCCGCGCACAUGCCGCCGGCACCACCUCUACAAAUCCCUCAACCACCGCAGCGACGGGUGGUACGGCGGCCGCCCGCCCAGCCGUCGUCUCCCGUCCGCGUCGUGCGGUCGCGGCCUUUAAAUCGCUACAAGAAGGCGCCGACGAGCCCGCCCGUCGUGAGGCGGUUCGCGCGGAUGAUCCGCAUGCGCGCCGCGGCCCGGAAGGCGCCGCCAUCACAUGAUGACGACGCGGCGUUUCUGACGUGGGCCGACGAGCGUCGUGUUAUUCCACCGAAGAAGCCCGCGCCUCCACAAAAGAAGCGCCAGCCGUCCUGCGCCGCGCGGCGGCGGUGGCGCGUCGCGCACCGCCUUUCCUAAGUAUACUUUCGUG